AUGCUCCCGAGCAAACACAAGAAAGAAGAGAAGAGAGAGCGCAGGCGUGAGAACGGACAAGAGAAGAGAAGAGAGACGGGGAGAAGAAACAGGCAAGAGAGAGGGACGAGGAAGACCUACCACCUGGCGAAGACGAAGCGACGCGGCGCCCGGAGGGGAGGAGGGGUCCGAGCGUGGGAAGAGCGAGGGAAGACGACGAGAGAGAGAGAGAGGCGAGGUAAGAGGAAGAGGCGAGAAGUAGAAAGAGAGCAGAGCCCCCAGUCGGAGAGACAGCGGUCAGCACCAACGAGCCAAGGGACCAAAAAGCAUACCACACACAGCCACCCACACAAAGAUGCAAGCAGGACGAAGCACCACACCGACGAAGCAGGCCCAAGCAACACGACAGGCCGACAGCCCCUGUCGACGAGCGAGCAGGCCAGCCCACGCACCGAAGCGAGACAGAAGACUAGGACCGCGAAGCGCCCGCAGCGACACCUGAAAGGGGGCAGCACACACAACAGAGAAUAG